CUUUCCUAUCCUUCGUUCGAUGGAAGUCACCAGCACCCACUCUUGACAGCCUAGUAUGAAUUUGGAAAACAGAUCCACUAUCCAUUGUACAGCAUGUCUUCCGCAUCCCCGAAAAGUUCCCACGAGCUUAGGAACACAACAUGGACGGCUCAGAAACGAACAAGACCCACACGAUCAAACCAGUUAUCCUUAAUCCAGCCGCCAUAGCUGCAACCCCCGUCGAAGGCUUUUCCGAUUCCACGGGCGGCAACGUAACGUGGAAGACGCUCUUCUCGUCGCCGAAUAGCCCGACGAACACUUUUACCACGGGCAUUGCGAGAUGUAAUCCUAAAGGAGGAUAUCUGCAAUUACAUCGCCAUAAGCAAGCUGAGAUCUACCAUGUCACUCAUGGACAUGGUAUCGUUUCAAUAGAAGGUGUCGAAUACCCGGUGGAGAAGGGAACAGUGCUGUUUAUACCUGGGGAUGCAGAACAUGGCAUUCGGAAUACGAAUGAGCGUGAAGAGCUGGUUUGGUUGUACGUGUUUGCUACGGAUAAGUUUGAGGAUGUUGUGUACAGGUUUAAAAAGGAUGGGAAUUUGAAGUCGAAGCUCUAGGGCAGGAUAUGACAACAAUAAAGACG